AUGACACGCAAUUCUCUGCAAGGCGAUUCUGGCCCUGGUCUUGAUCAUACAAGAAGAAGCGAAGAUAACUCUUCAUUAGCAAGUCAUUUAACAAAUGAUUCGGCGAGAUCAAAAACGGCAGUUGAUCCUGAGUCCCCUGGACGAAACCGUCUAUUGCCAGGUCAUCCACAGUACAACCCCAUGAGCGACCCUGACAAUUUUGAAGAUGAACCAAAAAAUCCAGUCCCUGGGUGGCCUCAAGUAGCCGAAUUGAUGUCCAAUGUUCCAGACUUCGCAUGUUUCAAUCGGUUUAGCAAUUUUCAAAUCAAAAGCUUGCUGUACUACCAAGCGGAGUUGGAGAUUUUGAAAGCAGAAUUAAGGGAAGAGGAACUGGAAGAUUAUAGACGAGGAGCUGGGGAUGCUCAAAAAUAUGCAAAGAGAGCUGACUGGCUGGUUCAAUCAAAAUACCAAGAGAACCACAGACAAUGGGAUGUGGUCGUAAGAAUGAGGGCAGUGUUGAAAGAAUAUAAUGAGGCUCUUCUUCAAUUUUCUCAAGUCUCAGCACUGCAACAACCAGACAAUUAUAACGUCGAGUCGCUCCGGACAUGGCUGCGAAACAAAGACGCGGGCGACUUUUGCAUUGGGGGUAGAAAUGAACAUCACACGUGGGGAGAUCUUUAUUCGACCGAUCCACCUCCACCUUCACUUUCUCAUCAAUUCUGGCAGAUGAUUUGGCGAUUCUUCUGGCACAGCAGUACAUCCACUAAGAAGAAUCUGGACCUCGCUUCUUGCGUGCCGCCACGGAAAAUCGAUGGAUUUUCUCGCUGGGUUGUCAUAGAUUUCGUGCCAUUUUGGCAGAAUUUGAAAGAUUAUAGACGGGAGAAGCAAGCGAAGAAGACAAAGUCUAGCGAUGAUGCUGAAAAGGCAUCCAUUAAGUCUGGCUCAUCGAAGACAAAAGUCAAACUGAAGACCCAGGCAGAACUGGAAGAAGAGACUCUGACAUCGUAUUCCGAAAAUAACAUAUUGCGUGUCACCUCUUCAAUCUCGACAAUCGUAGCUUGCCUGUUACCAACGAUUGCUAUCACAGUCCUCUCCCAAUUGCACGAAACAAGAGAUUUAUUGCUCUGUUUGGCAGGUUUUGCGACAGUCUUUGCUGUGGGUUUGAUAUUUUUAGGUACUGCGACCCGGGUAGAGAUCUUUGGUGCAACCGCUGCAUUUUCUGCUGUUAUGGUAGUUUUCAUUUCGGUUCCGAUUGUAGUUGUUCCGCCUACAGGCGUUCCUUUCACGCCAGGCACAUGA